AUGUCAGAAGAUACCGAGAAAGAGGUUGCGAAUAAUGCUAGGGUUAGUUCGCAUCCUUACGCGAAUGGAGGCCAUGACGAGGAGGUCGGAAUCGUCAACCAGGGCGGACAGCUUCGCACGGAUUUGAGGAAUCGUCAUAUGCAGAUGAUAGCAAUUGGCGGCGCUAUCGGAGCUGGUUUGUUCAUCGGAUCGGGUAGUGCUCUAUACCACGGAGGACCAGCUGCGUUGAUCAUCGGCUACCUCAUCGUCGGCGUCAUGUUGCUAUUCACGAUGCAGGCUCUCGCAGAAUUAGCAGUCAUGUAUCCAGUAAACGGAGCGUUCUAUACUUAUGUUGUGAGAUUCGUCGACCCGGCUUGGGGUUUCGCAAUGGGAUGGGACUAUGCCAUCGCCUGGCUUACUGUCCUGCCUUUCGAGCUGAUCGCUGCCGGCAUCACCAUCGAAUUCUGGCGAUCCGACCUUAAUAUAGCUAUAUGGGUUACCGUAUUCCUAGUAAUCUUGGCUCUAAUCCAGAUAUUCGGUGUGCGAGGCUACGGUGAAGUCGAGUUUAUCCUUAGUAUGGUCAAAAUCGCGGCUUGCUCAGGGUUUAUCAUAUUGGGUAUUGUAAUAAAUUGCGGCGGAGUUGGUGAUAGGGGAUAUCUUGGCGCAAAAUACUGGUAUGAUCCAGGGGCUUUCAAGAACGGCUUCAAUGGGUUCGCAGGAGUCUUCGUCGUUGCCGCCUUCGCUUUCGGCGGUACCGAACUGGUUGGUCUAGCAGCUGCCGAGUCGGUCGAUCCUCGACGCGCGAUCCCCAUGGCUUCUAAGCAGGUUUUCUUCCGCAUUGCCUUCUUCUAUAUUAUUAAUCUUUUCAUCCUCGGAUUAAUACUGCCAUCGAACGAUACGCGCUUAGAGAACGCGACCGGUUUCAACUCGAGUUAUUCGCCUUUCGUCUUAGCUAUCCAGGAUGCUGGAAUAGCUGUCUUACCGUCGAUAUUUAACGCAGUAAUCAUGAUUUCAGUCAUCAGCGUUGCCAAUUCGUGCACAUUCGGCUCGACACGUACAAUGCAGGCUAUGGCCGAAAGAGGCAUGGCACCUCAAUUCCUUGCGUACAUCGAUAAAGCCGGUCGACCCCUAUAUUGUGUUAUGGUACAACUUGCAUGUGGUCUUUUGGGCUAUGUCGGUGUGGCAUCGAACGGAUUGGAUGUCUUUAACUGGCUACUCUCUCUUUCGGGCUUGUCAUACUUAUUCGUAUGGGGAUCCUGUUGCCUCGCUCAUAUCCGAUUCAGGUUGGCUUGGAAGGCACAGGGACGGAGUCUGAGAGAGAUCCCUUAUAGACCACCCUUAGGAAUCUGGGGUAGUGUCAUCGGUUUGACUCUCAAUAUUAUCUGUCUGAUUGCAACUUUUUAUAAUGCUCUUUACCCUUCACCUAAUUCUCACCCAGAGGCCGCAAAAUUCUUCCAAGCGUACCUCGCUGCCCCGAUCGUCAUUUUCUUGUAUGUGUUCUGGAAGACAUGGUCAGGUAGUUGGCGACAGAUGUGGGUCAAACUUAACGAUAUUGAUCUGACGGCCGGAGCUCGUCCGUUGGAGAUGGAGGAGGAGGAUACGAUUAUGGAGGAAAAGACAUGGCUUAACCUACCUUUUCGCAUGAUCAGAGCUAUAUUUUAG